AGAGGGACAUUGGGGAGUGAUGGGAGCUGUGGAACACACCAGAGUGAUGAUGAGAACCUGGGCCUGGGUUGAGCUUUUGCUGCAGCACAAGGGGACAUGGUGGCACUGGGUCCUCUUUUGGUCACUAUAGGCACCUCUCCGAGCUCUGAAGACACUCCUUUGCCUAGAUGCCCUGUUCUUUGGGCAGCUGCCUGGAGAAGGGGACAGACGAGAAGACAAAGGAGAAAAGGAGAGGCCAGGUUUGAGAUGGGCGCGGGAGGGGCGCAGGCCGCAUGCCGCUCUGGCCGCGGGGGGGCGCCCUGUGCCGCCCCUCAGCGCCUCAGGGCUCGAGGAGCGCGGGGCGGGCCCGGCCCGGCACCGGCACCGGCACCGGCACCGCCCUCUGCCUCCCUCAGCGAGCACCUGCUGUCAGUCCGCCCGUGCCCGUCCGCCCGUGCCCGUCCGCAGCGCCGCCGAGAUGAGCAAGGGCUUCUGGCACACGCUCAAAAGGCAAAAAGAACUCAUUCCCCUGCUCGGAAUAUUGUCCAUGGCAGCAACUGGGGCAGUCUCUUUUUGUAUCUAUUCCCUACUCAACAAAUCUGAUGUGAUCAUUCGCAAGAUUGGCAGUUCAGAGCCAUGGGAAAAAGUUGAUCCUACCAAGCCUCAGAAGCUGGUAACAAUCAAUCAAAAGUGGGAACCUAUAGAAGAGUUGGAAACGGUCAAAAAGCUCACGAAGUGAGAGGUUUCUGCUGCCUCAAAAAGGUUCUUUUACAAUGGAUGUUCAGAAUUCAUAAUCCUUUCUGUGAGGAAGAAAGCAGAAGUGAAACAACUGCUAAUUGGGAAAACUCCCCUUACAUGAGCAAUAGUCAAGUGCUUUAGGUUAUUCUGCUGAAGCAAAGACAAACUUCAGUUAGAAAAGCUGUCUCCUGAACUCUAAGGUAGUUUAGCUUCAGAAGCUUUAUGUUUUCUUCAGCUGAGGAAAAAAAUGAUUUAAAUGUUGCAUAAAUAUUUGUUUAUCUAGUAAGGAUGACUCAGCAGAAUUUCUGUUUUAGUGGUGAGAGGAACUACUAGUCUUCAGAAUAAGUCCUUAGCUUGCAUUUUAAGGAAUGACAUUACAAUAAGAUUGGAUAGCAUAGAACCACAAAAAUACAGUGCUCUGAAGAGUACAAGUUUUAAGUAUUUUAAAACAGAAAAUAUUUUCAAAUAUUUCUCUAUAUUUCCAUAUUUCUACUUGACUGCAGCAAAAACAAAGUCCCGUGUUCUGGGUUGAUGCAUUAAUUGAGUUUGUUCUUCAGUAAGUCACUUUUUUUGGCUGCAAGUACUAUGACCUAAGUAUCUGUCAACAUUGGGAAAAUAAGUAAUUUUUAGUCAAUUUUUGUAUUUAGCAUGUUUCAGUGAAGUUUCCAGUAGCACAUUAAGCAGUGUGACUGCUGUCAGUCACAGGUUGUUGCUUCUCUUAACAUGUCUUGAAGCAUAACAGCUCUGGUAAUAAAACUGUUUUGCUUUUAAGCUGUUCUGUUUUUCUUUAUUAACACAGAUUUUUUGGGGAGGGUUUUCACACAAUAUAGGAAAUCAAAAUAUAUUUUGGCAAUUCAAAAAUAUUCUUAGGGUUUUGUGUCUUCCCUGACUGUCCCUAAAAAUCUGUCUCCUGCAUAGAGGAGGGUUUUUUUCUUAUAAGUAGCAUAUACCAAGAGCAAUUCUGUAGCUCCCUGCUCAGCUACUCAACAUAAAUCUGUAA